UAGACGCGCCAUCGCCACCAUCAUCAUGACAUUGGGCGACAAAGGAAGAUGGGUGGCAUGAAGUUGGUGCAUGAAGACAGUUGGUGAAGGUAAGCCGAACAAGCUGACACGACAGUGCUGAGGGAGCCAACAAAUUGGCACGUGGAUUGGCUGACCAAGUUCUUGCUCUUUGCUGGUGUAACAAUUUGGAAACUAACAGUGACGGGAUGACGAACAAACUUUCUUCAGUGAAACGGUAUUCCAGGCGACCAGGGGAGCUAUUCUCGUCAAAAUGUUUGCUCUGGUGCAUUUCACUCAAAAAGAUGAAGUUGAAGUUGUGCCAAGUAGUUGGGUGAAAGGCACGACGUGCAAGUGGCCGAAGGUUGCAUCCGACAAGGCGAGGAGGAAAAUUAUGAAGGGUUUCCUGGUCACUGGGCCGCACGACACCUACCGUGUCGGUCUUUUCGCAACAUACGAGGAAGCCUAUCAGAAGUUGGACCUCAUCCAGUAUACAUCAGAUGUAAACACCGACUCUGGCACAGAACAGCAGAAGCGAAAGCGUGCUCGCACCAUGCCACAACGGUUUCUGGAAGAUGUCACAGAACAUGUGAAACAAGGGAAACGAAAGCGAAUACAACCCUUGCCUGAAGAGUCUGAUUCUGAGGCAGAUGAAGUGCUGCCGGGCAUGCCACCCAUUCCUUCAAACUUCCCACAGUCCAGUGCAGCUGUUGUUCCAGUUGAUGACCAUGGCAGCACGUCACCACUUGAACGUGCGUUUCCUGAAGCCUACGGAAUGGGUGAUGACGAUGACAGGGCACCCUGCAAUGAAAACAUUAUCCUCACACCACGAGAAUCUGUCGGUACACCCCAAGGGCCACGGAGGACAACACAGAAUGUCUCGCAGUCUGUGCCGCAGCACAAGACACUUUUACCAGAAGAAGAAUUCCAGCGACAAGUCCUGAGGCUACUUCACAUAAUGCGGCUGGCACUACAGCAACAGGGUGAUCUACUGCAGGAGGUGUGCAGCCAGAACAUUACUCAUUCUAGAGCUGCAACGUCACCUACUACACUAGUUAGGACACCUUUCGCAACUUCGGAGGAUCUCGAAGAAUUCAACAGCUCCCUAAAUGAACAGAAGGAAGCACAGCUUAGGCACUACGGCGCAACAAGAACCUACUGGGGACCACUAGGGCUGGUAUGGAAGCAGUAAUAAAAUCUUGGCUGCGCCAUGCUAAGGAACGAUGUGGGUCAAAGGCAGCAGGAAGCGAAGAUUGAUAACCGUGGUUUAUGGAGAGUAAGGUUUGAAUGUGCUCAAGCUAGCAUUUUACUUGUGUUCCUUUAUUGCGUACCUGUGAUGUGCCGCUGUACUUUUUCAGCAUGCAGAAGCACCUUAUUUUUUUCCCUUUAGUCCCUCAUGUGCCAGAGUCAGCAGCUGUGAAGUUCCGCAGUACUAUGCAUUUCAUAUAUGCCCUUUGUUCUACCCAGUCACUUUUUGCUUAUAUCAGCCAGCACAGGUGUGUUUCUUUGAUACAGAUAUUCUGGAGAGGUGCUGUGGCAGUCGUUUAGAUUAGUCUUUUGCUAGUGCAGUUCAAUUGAGACAGUCAUGUGUUGUCCACCUUCUGUAAUGUAAAAUGCUGGCAUAGAGGAUGCGCAGCAGGGCGCAUCAGCGGGACACGUAUGCCCACAGAAUUUAUACAGUUGUGUCACUAAGGUAAAUUGCACUUCAUACUUUGUCAUAAUGCACCAGCUGUUUCUAUGCAGAGUGCUUCUACCAAGUUUCUCAGCACCUCGUGUCAAAUCUGAAGUGCAUGUAAUUUCUAGUGACGUUAAGGACUGCAUCUUCCAUAACUUUGUACAGGGUGACUUUAGCAAAGGUUGCAAAUUUUGGCUGAGUUGUUAAAAUACAAGGUAGCGUCCCAGGCGCUUCAAAUUUUGCAGACUAACAGUCAUUCGGCUGAUGUUCUGCCUAUAUUUUUUCAAAGGUUGUCACUAUGUGUAGAAAAAUGUAAGAAGUGAAGGAAAUCCUCACCCUGUGCAUUUCCUAUGGCCUAUGCCACCCACAAACCACCAUUUUUGCCUCUGUCUGCUCCACAUUCACAUCACCAUGGGGCUGCCUGGAGACCAAGCAGAACCGAAUCACUUGCAACAACCAACAACCAGAUGGACUACAUGCAAGGUUUCGAGGCUGCGCCACCUAUACGUGGGAAUGUGAACAUGAAGCAAAGGAAAAAAAUGGCAGUUUGCUGGUGGCA